ACUCACUGCGUUUUAUUUAGUAAAUGCAGGAAAUUAGUUAAAGAGAAGAACCAGAAAAUUACGGUCGAGAAAGCAUUUUCCCAAGCAUUUUCCCAAGCAUUUUCAUUCUCUUCUCUUUCAAGAAUUUCUCCACAAGCUCAUUUCCGAUUCCUAUUCCAAUUUCCAUUCCGAUUAUCCUCAUUUCCGAUUUCAUUCUCAUUAUCCUUCAGCUCAAUUUCUCUGAAGUUUCGAUUGAAGUUUUUUUUAUUGGGGGCAUUCGGUCCAGGUUCGGUGUUAAUUGAGACCAAGGCUCUGGUGAUUUUUACUCGACUCGGUGACGGCGUGGACAUUUUCCAGCAACCUGUGCAACUCCAAUCUCCCUCUCUCUUUCGCAUGGUCAAGAUCAUUGCUCUGAAGAGUCAAGGUGUAUACAGUGCACAAAGUGUAGUAAUUCACAUAUAUGGGUGUGCACCAAUAGAAACAAAGCUAAGGCUAGAUGGUGUCAGGUUAGUCUUCUAAGUGAAAUUAUGAAUGAGGCUCUAUUAUCCAGGCUCAUAUGCUCUCCAGGCACUUAGACACAUUCUCUGCUUUUAUUUAUUUUAUUUUUUUCCCCUAAAAACCAACACACACUUAAACCAAAACUUCUCUUCUCCCCCUUCCUCCCCUCAAACUUCUCUCUCUACUUUUGGGUUUCUUCUCUCCCAAAACUCUCAACCCUACUUCUUGCUCUCCACUUUUAAUGUGUAGGCAUCAAUUGCUCUCUCCAUCUUCUCUCUCAGGUACUGUUUGCUUCUUCAAUCUCAGAUUUUGAUGCUCUAGGUAUGCGUAUGUAUUGCUGAUCUGUUUGGAUUCUUUUCUGUGCUUCAAAAAUCAGGGAUUUGGGUUAGUUUUGACUUGAGAUUUUGAUUGUUGGGUUGUUUGGUUUUCUGAUUUUUUUAUUCUUGUUUUUGGUUUUUUCCGGGUGUGCUUUUGCAGUGGAAGUUGAGUGAGAUGGCCAACGUGAGAUCGAGUUUGCCUUCAAUGUUGCGCCAGUUGUUGGCUGGUGAAGGCGCCAUCGGUCCUUCUAUCAAAUUGGACUCCGAACCACCUCCUAAAAUUAAAGCAUUCAUUGAUAAAGUGAUCCAGAGUCCGUUACAGGAUAUAGCAAUACUUCUCUCUGGGUUUUGCUGGGAGUACAAUAAGGGGAAUUCUAAGUGCACUUCAUUUCAUAAUUUUAUCAGACUAGUUUUUGCUUCAGGAUUGCUGUCAAUAUCAUCAAGCCAAGGAUGUUGAUGGAUGGGUUGAAUACAAAGGUUCCUUGGUAUUUGAUAGGCCCCAAAAAGAAUGAUUGUUCCAAAGAAACAUUGAUUUGCUUGAUAUACAAUUGCUAAUUAAUUGGUUGAUUUGCACAAAGGUUAUCCAUUUAUUGCAAGCAGUUUGACUAGGAAAUUAAGGUAAGCAUAAGUUGUUUGUUUGUUGAUUUUGGACUUUUAAUAAUGAGAUGUAUUAGAU